UAUACAUUUCAUUCUGUAUCGUCGAAUGACCAUCGGAAGAAGAGGUUGACAUGGUUACAUAUAUCAUUAAAAUUUGGUUGGUAAUUACAGGUUUUGAUAUCAUUGUAGGAGAAGAAUGCCAAAGCCAAGACUAUGGAAACGGAGGUACCGUCUGCAUAUGCAGUGCAAGCAGUUGUGACUUCAUACCACCCGUGGAAAAAGUCGAUUCUCCAAAUGGUAUAAUAUAUACGUCUAACAAAGCCGGGUUGCGUUUUAGCAAGAGUGAAGGAACGUUCAAAAACAUUACCAGUAAUGCUUGGAAUCCAAUUUUUGUCGAUAGGAGUAGGACUUAUCAAACUAUCGUAGCAUUUGGUGGAGGAUUUACAGACGCUGUUGGGAUUAAUAUUAAAAGUUUAAGCGAGGGAGCGCAACAAAAUUUAAUGAAAUCAUAUUUUGGUCCAGAUAGCAUUGAAUAUACUAUGCUGAGAGUUCCAAUGGGAGCGUCUGAUUUUUCCGAACGGAUAUACACUUAUGACGAUUCAAGCAGUCCAGAUCCAGAAUUAAAAGAAUUUAAGUUAGCCCAAGAAGAUUUGGACUAUAAGAUUCCUUUCCUACAACAAGCCAUGGAACUAUCAGACAGCAAACUUAAAUUAUUGGCUUCACCUUGGACUUCCCCUAAAUGGAUGAAAUUGAUUCCUCACUUUGCCACCAUGUUUGGAAUGCUAAGGGAGGAUAUGUUACAACCGUGGGCUAACUACUAUGUAAAGUUUUUGGAGUCAUAUAAAGAAAAUAAACUGGAAUUUUGGGGAAUAACUACAGGAAAUGAACCUUCUGCAGGAUUUACCCCUCUUCCUAUACCUUCGAUUGCCUUCUCAGCUGGAGGUUUGUCAAAAUGGGUAGCAAAUCAUUUGGGACCUACGAUACGAGAUUCUAAUUAUUCGAAUAUCAAAAUUGUAACAUUAGAUGACAACCGGAUAUUUUUACCUUGGUUUAUAGAUGAAAUGUUGGCAAAUCCUGCAACAAGGCGGUAUGUCGAUGGUAUAGGAGUUCAUUGGUAUCUUGAUAAAAUUAUCCCAACAACUGUAUUGGACAUAACACAUGACAAUCAUCCUGACAAGUUUUUAAUAGGAACAGAGGCUUGUCGAGGUCAAGUUCCAUGGGAACCAAGGCUCGUGUUAGGCUCUUGGGAAAGAGGAGAAGAUUAUGCUACGGGCAUCAUUCAGGAUCUACGACAUUGGUUUGUUGGCUGGCUUGAUUGGAAUAUAGCUUUAAAUAUUAAAGGAGGACCUAAUAUUAUAAACAACUUUGUUGAUUCGCCCAUACUGAUUAAUAAAACAGCAGAUGAGUUCUAUAAACAACCGAUGUUCUAUGCGAUGGGUCACUUUUCCAAAUUUAUUCCUCCAGAUUCGGUGAGAAUUGAAGUGUCGUAUUUUGAUCCCUACGUACUCACAGUAGCUUUCAGGAGACCAGAUGAUGGAAUCGUAGUUAAUAUUAUUAAUCUGAGAAACGAUGAGAUAGACGUAGCUUUAGUUGACAGAAGAAGAGGACAAAUGGACCUUCGUUUGACUCGCCGUUCAUUUACUUCUAUACUUUAUUGGUGAUUUUUUAUUUGUACAAAUAUUAGACUGAUUUUUAAAAUUAAUAAAAAAUUUUCACUACCACGAUAA